AUGGCGCGAAGCAGUAGUGGUGUAGACCGACGGUUGGUCAAUGCGCUCCCUGAUAGCUAUAAAAGCCGGCGCUAUGGACUCACUGACCAUUUUUCUGAAGCGUGUUUACGAACAACGACAACCGCAAUGGCAAGACCAGCACCAGCGCAACCACCGAAGCCGUCGCCCGAGAAAUCCGUGAAGCAGGCAGCCAAGCCGAAAAAGGCUCGCAGUGGCGGCAACAAGAAGCGUCGCGCACGCAGGAAGGAUUCUUACUCGCGAUACAUCUACCGAGUGUUGAAGCAGGUCCAGAAAGAUACAGGCAUCUCCUCAAAGGCGAUGUCCAUAAUGGAGUCGGAGCUUUAG